GCUGUGUCCUGUUGGGUACCGCGACACUCCGCGGUCCUCGUUGAAUUAAUUUCAAGUAUAUUUAGUGAAUCAAAGGGAAUCCACCGGAAUGUCCUCCGCCCCGCACGGAAAGAAGCGCGUCUGUUACUACUACGACAGUGACAUUGGGAAUUAUUAUUAUGGGCAAGGACAUCCCAUGAAACCGCAUCGCAUAAGGAUGACUCAUAAUCUACUUCUUAAUUAUGGACUUUAUAGAAAGAUGGAAAUUUACCGUCCACACAAAGCCACUGCCGACGAGAUGACUAAGUUUCACAGUGAUGAAUAUAUUAGAUUCUUAAGAUCCAUUAGGCCAGAUAAUAUGUCGGAGUACAACAAACAAAUGCAAAGAUUUAACGUGGGUGAAGACUGCCCUGUCUUUGAUGGCCUGUACGAAUUUUGCCAGUUGUCAGCUGGUGGCUCCGUAGCAGCAGCUGUUAAAUUAAACAAGCAGGCAUCCGAAAUUUGUAUAAAUUGGGGUGGCGGUCUGCAUCAUGCAAAAAAGAGCGAAGCAUCUGGCUUUUGCUACGUGAAUGACAUUGUAUUGGGAAUUCUUGAGCUGUUAAAGUACCACCAAAGAGUCUUGUACAUUGACAUUGACGUUCAUCAUGGUGAUGGUGUAGAAGAAGCAUUUUAUACAACGGAUAGAGUAAUGACGGUGUCUUUUCAUAAGUAUGGGGAAUAUUUCCCUGGUACUGGUGACUUAAGAGACAUCGGUGCUGGAAAGGGAAAAUACUAUGCUGUCAAUAUACCUCUUCGAGAUGGAAUGGACGAUGAAAGUUACGAGUCAAUUUUUGUUCCAAUCAUUUCAAAAGUAAUGGAAACGUUCCAACCAUCAGCUGUGGUUUUACAGUGUGGGGCGGAUUCAUUAACAGGAGAUCGAUUAGGCUGCUUCAACCUUACAGUAAGAGGUCAUGGAAAGUGCGUGGAAUUUGUGAAAAAGUACAAUCUACCGUUUCUAAUGGUUGGCGGAGGGGGCUACACAAUCAGAAAUGUGUCGAGAUGUUGGACGUAUGAAACAUCGGUAGCACUGGGCUCCGAAAUUGCUAACGAACUCCCCUACAACGAUUACUUUGAAUACUUUGGACCAGACUUCAAGCUCCAUAUCAGUCCAUCGAACAUGGCUAAUCAGAACACCCCUGAAUACCUCGAAAAAAUUAAGACAAGACUCUUUGAGAAUCUGAGGAUGCUACCGCAUGCCCCCGGAGUCCAAGUCCAGGCUAUCCCUGAGGAUGGUGCGAUAAUAGAAGACUCGGAGGCUGAAGAAAAGGUUAACCCCGAUGAGAGACUGCCGCAGAGAGAUUUAGACAAGAGAAUACAGCACGAGAACGAGUACAGCGACAGCGAAGACGAAGGAGACGGUGGUCGACGCGACAACAGGUCCUUCAAGGGGUCCAGAAAGAGGCCUAGGUUAGAAAAGGGCCAAGAAGGAGUCGAGAGCGACAUAAAGGAGGACGAUAUCAAGUCCGAAGUAAAAGACAAUGAGAAAGAUGAUAAGACCAACGCGUCGAGCGACGAGGCGAAGAAAGACGGGGGCGCGAAUCCUUGAUAAAUGGCGCUCUCGCGACUCUUAUGCAAUUAAGAGAUCCCUUUAUUUAAUUGAAAUCUAGAUAAGCAUCGGUAAAUUAAGCGAGGAGGGAGAUCCCUGGCCGGCGGAAUCGGCCGCGGCGCUUCGACGAGGCCAGGCUCUUCUGCACUUCUGGACUCGCCUCGAAUCGCGUUUUUCUCUUGGCUGUCAUGCGAGACACCGCCGGGUGUCCCGUGAAAAGUCCACUAUAAAGUUCAUCCCGAAGCUCCCCCCUGGGAGGUCAGCUUUUUUCUUCUUCGAACGUCGAAGCGCAGGAUCCGCCUAUCGAGGAGGUUUAGCUUAAGGUCGAUCAACCUUGGUCCGUAGCUCUCGCGAGAGACAUCCAAGCAUCCACCGAUUGAUUCCGAAUAUACCCUAUACAUAAUUCAUUAUUGACUCGCUCCUUGGAUCUUCGACUCGACAGUUGUUGGCGGCUCCAGCUGGUCCUCGGCUCGAGAGGACGUUGACUAUUCGCGAGUGGACCAGGCCGAAUGCGCGACUUCCAUCCUCGCGAGGACUCGUUUCGCCGCGAUAGGUCUUCUUUUGCUUCCUACGUCUGUACAUAAUAAUCACGAAUGCCAAUCUCGAGUGAACUCCCGUGCGCAAUAACGUAUAUGUUCGUUCUGACGUGUAAAGUAUUUUAUUUUUUAUGAAAUAACUGGAGAGAGAAAAAUAUUGAAAAUCACCGAGGAGAAAAGUGCGAAUGACGUGGAAUAUCGAGGAAUAUAUAUAUAUUCGUUUACGAGUACUAGGUAUAGACUAUCUCGAGUAAUAAGUUGAGCGGUUAAUAAUUGUAAAGUGGAUUAGGAGAGAGGGAAUUAAGUUCUCUCCGCGAAUUCUUCGUUCGUCUCGUAUUUGUGUAUGUUCGAAGUCUCGAGAUUAGGGGCAAGCUCUGGUUUCCCGGAGGGAAAUUAUUCGGUUAUCGAUGGAUUGUACGACUUCCGGAAUUAAUCAGAGCGAUUCUUCAAGAUCUUUGCACUCUCGACGACUUGAUCCUCUCACUGGCGAGCGCGUAUAGUAGGAUAUUUUUCUGCAACUACCCUUUACGUUAGUGAAAAAAAUUAUAGUGGUGUCAUUUCGAUGGGGUGACUCUCACUCCCUGCUGAACUAAAUCUUUCGAAGGAAGGUUUCGACUUACUCAGCGUCAUUAAUCGUUCGUCGAUGUCGUCCCGCGUAUACAUGUGUCCGUUUGGAGAUAGAAUCGAGCACAACGUAUUUAUGUCAGAACACGAGAUACACGAAUGUUUUUAAAUAUUUAUAAUAAAAUGAUCCAGAAAUCUA